AUGGAGGAAUCUUCAGAUGAAAUUAUUCCUGUUAAUGCCACAGAUGAAAAGAUCCCUGAUGAAAAUGAAGCCGAGUCCUUUUUACACAAUUUGUCUGCAAGACGGAGGCGCAAACAAAAAGAACUUACAAAGACUCUAAAAACACGUGAAGAUUUGGCAGAAGAAGUAAGGACUGUAAAACAGAAAAGUCGCAAAGCUCUUGAAGAAUCUGUUGAUCCUUCUACGGAGACAACGAGUUUGUCUUUGGCCCAAGAUAGCACACUACUAACACCAUCUCAGUUGGGUGAUACUGUUGAUGCAGUGCCAUCUACAUCUUUGGACACCCAGAACCUCCAGGCUGCUAAACCUCCUGUCUCACCAAAAAAAUCAAAAAGGAUUAAAAAAUUACAAGAUGAUAUAGAAGUUGUCACAGAAGAACGAAAUGAUAUUGAAGACAUGGAGGACAGUGACCUGGAAAAGGGGGAGCCUCACCCAGGAAAAUCGUCAAUUCGGCUUCGGAUUAAAUCUUUAAGGGAAAAAGCUAAAUCAGAAGCAGCAUCUGAAGUAAAUGAAGAAGUGCGUGAAAAGAGAAAGAAAAUGUUACAAAAGUCUUUGAGACCAUCUGUUUUGCCUGAAGAUUCUGAGAUUGAAAAACAAAUGUCUGCUACUUCUAAGAAACUCCACCAGAAAUGGAAGGAAAUGAGACAUCUUCCUGUUCAAAAGAAUUAUGAUAAGCCUUCAGCAAAACAGUCAAUGGAUUUCUUUACUCACAUGUUGGAAGAAGAAAUUCCAAUACCUUCAUGUUCAGCAACAAUUGAAGAAACGGGGGUUUCGGCUCCAGAACCAGAACCUGAACCAGAACCAAAGAUCCUGCCUGAAGAAACUGAUGAAGACACUGUUCUCCUGAUUGAUAGUAUUGAUGAUGAAGAAGGCUUUGCUUUGAUUACAUUAGUAAAACCAGAUAAGACACUGUACUUGGAUCAGGUUGAAGCUGAAGCCAAGAUGUAUUGCAUACCAUCUUCUCAACCAGUGCCAUCACUUGAGAAAUUAGAUUCUACAACCCAAGAGCCACGUUAUCUGGCUGAUGAAGGCUUUUAUGUUGGUACACCCCCUAACAUAGCUUCCAGUAAUCGUAACCGAAUGGAGCAACGCUUGAUGCUAGACAAGGAACAGGGAAAGAAGUGGUUUGGUGAAGAUGGCCGAAUCAAGUCACUGCCAGACCCACUGAAAAAGAUUUCCUCUCGAGUCCCUGUGCCUGAAGAACAAGAACUUAAUCAACAUACACUUUACAGAAAGUGUUUUUUUUUUCUUUUUUCUUUCUUUUUCUUUCUCUUUUUCUUUUUCUUUUUUUUCUUUUCUUUUUUUUUUUCUUUUUCUUUUUUUUUUUUUUUUCUUUUUUUUUUUUUUUUCUUUUUUUCUUUUUUUUUUUCUUUUUCUUUUUUUUUCUUUCUCUUUUUUCUUUUCUUUUUUUUUCUUUUUCUUUUCUUUCUUUCUUUUCUUUCUCUUUUUUUUCUCUUUUUUCUUUCUUUUUUCUUUCUCUUUUUCUUUUCUUUUUCUUUUUUCUUUUUUCUCUUUUCUUUUUUCUUUUUCUUUUUUCUUUUUCUUUUUUCUUUUUCUUUUUUCUUUUUCUUUUUUCUUUCUCUUUUUCUUUUUUUUCUUUUUCUUUUUUCUUUUCUCUUUUUCUUUUUUCUUUUUCUUUUUUUUCUUUUUCUCUUUUUCUUUUUCUUUUUUCUUUUUUUUUUUUCUUUUUUUUUUUUUUCUUUUUCUUUUUCUUUUUUCUUUUCUUUUUUCUCUUUCUUUUUCCUUUUCUUCUUUCUUUUUUCUCUUUCUUUUUUCUCUUUCUUUUUUCUCUUUCUUUUUCUUUUUCUUUUUUCUCUUUUCUUUUCUUUUUCUCUUUUUUUUUUCUCUUUCUCUUUUUUCUCUUUCUCUUUUUUCUCUUUCUCUUUCUUUCUCUUUUUCUCUUUCUCUUUUUCUCUUUCUCUUUUUCUCUUUCUCUUUUUCUCUUUCUCUUUUUCUCUUUCUUUUUCUCUUUCUCUUUUUCUCUUUCUUUUUUCUCUUUCUCUUUUUCUCUUUCUCUUUUUUCUCUUUCUCUUUUUCUCUUUCUCUUUUUUCUCUUUCUCUUUUUCUCUUUUCUUUUUUCUCUUUCUCUUUUUCUCUUUUUUUCUCUUUCUCUUUUUCUCUUUCUCUUUUUUCUCUUUCUCUUUUUCUUCUUUCUUUCUUUCUUCUUUUUUCUUUCAGCAAUAUCUUCAACUUUUUAAUGUUCUAGCUAUCUAUUCAACACUGGCUCUUCUCAAAGAAUUUGACAGUCGCUACAUUGAUGGCAUGGUUGAAAGUAAGGGACGUUAUCAGCUGGAUAUUGACAUCAACACUCUCUCUUUCAGUCAGCACCAUUUGUUCAGCAAAGAGCAUGUCCUUGUUACAAAACUGUUAUCGCUAUAUCAAGAAUAUCUGACUGAAUCCAAGAAUAAUAUGGUGGAGUUCUACACAGGAAAGCUAAAAGCUGCAAAAAGCUCUGCCCGUUACUUUCAAGAUCAGCUCUUGAAACAAAAGGCCACACUUUCUGACGAGACUGUUUCGAAUUAUGAGAAAAGACUUCAGGAUUAUUUGCUGGAUAUCAGACAUAUCAGAAGCCAACGAGACAAAGAAGACGAAAUAAAUAUGAAUCUCUUGAAAAACAUUAUUCACACCUGGAAACAAAUCAAAACACAAAGAGAAAGACAAGGUUUUAUCAACACACCUGUAAAAUUACUCAUUCAUAGACAGGAUGUAGACCGUGCCAAAGAUGAUUUACAAUGGCGGCAGGAGAUUGAAGAUGAAGUAGAAGACCUGAGGGCAAUACACAAUGAGGAAUAUGAAAGACAAUUGAGGAUUUAUCAAAGAGAUUUUGAAAAUUGGGAAACAAAACAACGCUUGAAAAAAGAAGCUGUAAAACGAAAGAAAAGUCGUUUGAAGAAAAGCUCUAAAAGUACACCAGAACUUGAAGAUCAAGAUUUAAUAUCAGAAGAUGAGAAAAUCUUAUCAGAAGAAGGUGCUCCCAAACCUAUACUUCCAGAAAAUUUUGAUGAACGAGGGGCUCGUGAGAAGGUUAGAUCAAAAGCUUUGAAAAUCAGACGACGUCCAGGAGAUCCAAAGUUGUUUCCAGAAGUGCUCUACACUGCUAACGUUACACCUACUCACCAAUGUCCAAGAAGUGAGCAACGUCGCCAAGACGAUGUACUGAAGUACAAAAUUUUUGUGAAAAUUCUGUUUAACAGUAAAGAAGUUUUAAGAACAAACAGCAAACCUUUGACUCAAGAUUUCAAGGUGACAUUUGGUCAGAUCUAUAAUCUGAAAAUUGUUCAAUGGCCUGAAAGUGUUGCACUCCAAAUUUAUGAAAACACUGGUUUCACAAGCCAUCAGCUAGCUGAACUCUACCUUAAUAUUCCGGAAGCUUCUGUGACUUGUAAUAAUAUUGAAAUGGAGAAUCAUGAAUUCAGCUGUGAUUUGAAAAUUCAGUUUAACCACGAAGGCGUUGGCAGUGGUGUAGCUGUUAAUUUUGAUUCCAAUUCUGAAAAUAUUGCUUUUCUGAACACAUCUGGAAUACUAAGCUGCAGCUUAGCAUGGGCAGUGGAUGAAAAAGGAGUUCCCCUUGUGCCACCAAUUGGAACCAAUAGUUUGAAUAAAUUGUACAGUGCUUGUUACCUGGAUCCCCUGGCAGCUAUUGGUUUUUCUGGCAUUACUGAUCCGGAACAGUUAUCCAAGUGGGUGGAAUCUUCUCGACUUGAUCCAAAUGAUCCUAACAAUGCAGAUCUAAUCUAUUCAUUGAAGCCGCGUUCUGAUGCCAAAGGCAAACUGAUUUCUCCAAAUUAUUUCCGCCUGGAACAGUUUCAAGAAGAAUUCAAUUUCUGUACUGAUGAAGACAUACACCAGAAUAAAAGAUUUCAGCUGCUGAAGCUCCGUGAUAGAGAAAUACCAGAAUUCUGUAACUACAAAAUGGUGCCCUCUUCAGAGAAGGAAAUCCCUAAAAAUAUAUUUAAGGAAUAUGACCGAAGGAAGAAAGAAGAACAAAAGAUUCAAAUCCUGGAGGAUAUUGAAAUGAAACGAGUAACCGUUGCUCGAUACAUCCAGAGAAUUAGAGAAGAAGUAAUGAGGAGGUUCAAGAUAGCUUCUCAUCGGAAAAGGCGUGAAGAAAUUAUCAAUGAAGAUGCUGUUCCAAAUAUUGGCAUGAUCGGUGAAAGUCUACUUGGUGCUUUUCGAAGUAAGCAUCCGCUCAAACCUGAACGAAAGGAGAGAAAAAGAAUUGCUCAAGGCAUCAAAGGAGAUGAAGUGAAGAUUUUAGUCAAUGUAAUUCAAGCCUUCAACAUACCAGUUCGUGACCAGAAAACCCUAGAAAUGAUUAAAGAAAGUAGCAAUUUGGACAAUCAUGAAACAAUGAUUAACCCAUACCAAGAACAGACUGUGCACCCUUAUUUGGAGGUUAGUUUCCAGAGAAACACAGUAAGGACCCACACAGCUGAUGGACCCAAUCCGAGUUUCAAUGAAGAAUUGAUUAUCCCAUUUCAUGCCCAGAACAAUAACUUUACACCCAGUAAUCUGCAAACAAUUUCUGAUGUUUUAUUUUUCAACCUAUUUGAUGAAGUUCUUGUUGAUAUUCUUGAGGAUGACACCAAACAAGACACAGAAAUUCAUCAACGUGUGGAAAGAAAAUGGCUGGGAAGCUUGAAAAUUCCAUUCUCAACAAUUUAUUUUAAUGGGAAGGUGGAUGGGACAAUGUGCCUGAAUGCUCCACCCUUGCUACUUGGUUAUAAGUAUACCCAGAAUGCUGUCCCGGACAUUGAUACAACAGUCAUUCCUCUAGCUGAUACGUAUCUUACUCUAUUCAUCACAAUCCAACCAACUCUUAUUCCUCCAGAACCAAUCCAAGAAAUGUUUUCCAGCAAUGAAGACGAAAAAUUACUACUCUAUGCUAAGAAUUGGCAGAGUCAGCUUGAAAGCAAGUGGCCGUCACGAUCUUACAAGACAACUGUCAUUGAUAUCACUGGCAAAUCAGUGUUCAUCACAAGAUUCUUUAAGCCUCUGGCCGCUCCUGCUGAAUUCACAGAAGGAAAGACAACAAGUGCUGCAACUGAAAUGAUUCUCCGAUACGUGUCUUUGAUUCCAUACGUGGCAGAUAACUUUAUCCUUCCUGGCCAUUGUGAUAUUUGGUCAACGUGUGAACAAUUUCUUCACAUGCUUGUUGGGGAUGAUGAUGAACACAGUGUAAUGUUAGCAAAUUUCCUUCUUGGAUUAGGGAAAAAAACUUGGCUUUGUUUAGGCUCUGGAAUUCCAGAUGGCCUUUCAGCAUACGUGGUUACGGCUGAGGGUAGUAACUUCUUUAUUUGGGACGCAAAGAAUGGAAAAGUUUACGACAGCAGAAGCAACCAUCUUCCUCUGCAGAAUGUAGGAUCCAUGGUCAACCAGGAAAAUAUUUGGGCCAACAUUCAAAGUACGGAUAUCCCGCCACGUAUUAAUUUCAACGUCAAUGAUACUACUUGUUGGAAGCCAUUCUUCCAUUCUGGCUACACAAACCCAGGACUUUCAUCUGUACAAGUCGAUUCUCUCUCUUAUAUUCCAACAGACAACAGUUACGUUAUUGAUUUACAAGAAAAGAUUGAAAAGACCCUGAAAACCAAAGUCACAGAAUGGCGGCGCAAAUAUCUGACACGAUGGAAUCGAUACUUCACACAAAAUAUAAGAAGUCUUUUACCCAAGUUAGAAGAAAAUCGUGGCAGUGUGAUUCUGGCAGAGCACCUUAAUGAAAUGGAACAUCAAUGGGGAUCCUAUAAGGUGUCUGGAUUUCCCAUCAACCUACCAUUCACAGAACUCUCAAACAUUGUAGAGUUUGUGUAUGCAACGGGUGUGCAUAAUAACGAUGCAAGCAACAUUGAGUUUGCCUUGGCUGUUUAUAUUCACGCUUAUCCAAACAAUGUUCUUUCCGUUUGGAUUUAUAUUGCUUCAUUAAUAAAACAACGAUGA